UGCUCACGGCGCAUUUGUCAGAUUUAAAGCGGCCCUUCCUGAUGUUUAUCGCGGCCGGUGUUCCCCGUCGCUCCAGCUGGUGUCGUGUCCAAAUGGUUUCGACCGUGUGGCGGUGAAGGAUGGACGGGUGGAGCUCCAGCUCCGAGGGAGAGUGCACGGUGCAGCACGGAGCCGAAGACGGAGCUCUCAGGUCGGCUGACAGCGAGCAGGGGCAGCGGGGCGGCGCAGAGGGGGCGGCCGAUCCAGGUCCCGCCGCUGUCGGCUUCGGUAGGAGCGGCAUGGUGUUGGGACGAGUCGGCCCUGCGAGCGACACGGAGCUCCGGUAUCUGCACUUGUUGUGGGAGCCUGGCUGCAGGGAGCCCGGCGUGGCGGGCAAGCCGGGGAAGAUGACAGGGAGCCGGGCCAGGCGACACCACAGAGCCGGGAGGAGCCUCGGUCCACUGGGGAAAGACAUCUACGCUGUGAAACGACUGAGGGAAGCUGCAAAUGGCAACGACAUUGACACAGUGCGAAGGCUCUUGCAGGAUGACAUUGACCCCUGUGCAGCAGAUGACAAAGGCCGGACAGCACUUCACUUCUCCUCCUGCAAUGGAAACCAGAGCAUUGUGCAGUUGCUGCUGAGCCACGGCGCUGACCCGAACCAGCGGGACAGUCUGGGGAACACACCCCUCCACCUGGCGGCUUGUACCAACCAUGUGCCUGUAAUCACCACGCUGCUGAGAGGAGGUGCCCGUGUGGACGCCCUGGACCGAGCUGGCAGGACCCCACUGCAUCUGGCUCGAUCUAAGCUCAACAUCCUGCAGGAAGGAGAUUCCCGCAGCUUGGAAACCCUGAGAGGUGAAGUCACCCAGAUCAUCCAGAUGCUGAGAGAGUACCUGAACCUGAUGGGCCAGAGUGAAGCUAAAGAGAGGCUGGAGCACAUUUCAACACAGCUGCAGCACACACGAACCAAAGAGCAGGUGGAUGAAGUCACUGAUCUAUUGGCCAGUUUUACAUCGCUAAGUCUACAGAAACAGAAGUUGGGAGAUAUGUAGGCAGAGGAUAAAGUGCGUAGAGAGCUGAGGCCCAGAUACGUUUCCUGCCGAGUGUGCCCAAAGCACAGCUCCAGCUUCAACUCACAUUCGCUCCAGCACAACAGCUUUGAAUUGUCACUGCUGAGCAAAUUUUGUCCAAAUAUGAAAAACCAGAGGGCCGAGUGUAGUGGGACCUUGGAGCAUGCAUGUGUGUGUAUGCGUGCGUGUGUGUGUUUUAUCAGACAUGUUGUAUGAGACAGUAUUCUAUGGAGUUCAUCUCCAGUGCAUAUUUCUAUCAUUGCCUUGUGUUGCAUGUUCCUGGUGAGUUGUCUCUUUAAAAAAAUAAAUAAAACUUAAAAAAAAAAAAAGGGCCAAUUGUUGAAAUUUCUGGA